GCGUCAGAACCCGUGUAGUAUUGUUAAAACAUUUUUUUUUUUUUUUAAAUAAAAAUGUACAAAAAUUGUAGAUCUUAAUUAGUUGUUAAUUAUACAAUCGAAUCGACUUUUAUUCGGUAAAAUAACUUAUCUACUUUAGAAUAGAGUAACAAUAAUAAUAAUUAUAUUAUAUUUCGUUUGCAUUCAACGUUUUUCUAUUGAUAAAAAGUAAAGAUGCCGUUGUCGUGUCGUUUCUACGCGGAACGUUACCCCGAAAUCGACGAUGUCGUCAUGGUCAACGUACGUAGCAUCGAAGAAAUGGGCGCUUACGUACAUCUGUUAGAAUACAACAACAUCGAAGGCAUGAUAUUGCUCUCGGAAUUGUCCAGGCGGCGUAUUCGAUCCAUUAACAAACUCAUCCGUAUCGGCAAGACCGAACCUGUUGUCGUCAUUCGUGUAGACAAAGAAAAAGGUUAUAUCGACUUGAGUAAAAGAAGAGUGUCGCCGGAAGACAUUGAAAAAUGUACAGAAAGGUUUGCCAAAGCCAAAGCCGUCAAUUCUAUUUUACGUCACGUCGCCGAACUGUUAAAUUUCGAGUCUGACGCUCAAUUCGAAGAGCUCUACCACAAAACGGCUUGGUUUUACGAAGAAAGAACCAAAAAGAAGUCGUCGGCUUACGAUUUUUUCAAACAAGCAGUACAAGACCCAUCGAUAUUGGCGGAAUGUGGUUUGGACGAAAACACGCAGAACGUAUUGUUGAACAAUAUCAAACGCAAGUUGACUUCGCAGGCCGUGAAAAUUAGAGCCGACAUCGAGGUUGCGUGUUACGGAUACGAAGGAAUAGAUGCCGUGAAAACUGCACUGAAAGCCGGUCUAGCGUGCUCGACCGAAGAACUUCCGAUUAAAAUCAAUUUGAUCGCUCCUCCGUUGUACGUAAUGACGACUGCGACUCCUGAAAAAACCGACGGUUUAAAAGCUUUGCAAACGGCCAUCGAAGAAAUCGACAAGACAAUUCAAAAUCUCGGCGGCGUUUUUAAGAUUCAAAUGCCGCCCAAAGUGGUCACGGCCAGCGACGAAGCCGAUUUGGUACGACAAAUGGAGAAAGCCGAAUUGGAAAAUGCCGAGGUCGGCGGCGACGACGACGAAGAAGACGAAGAAGGUAUGCAGAACGGAAAUAUCGAUGACGGCGAGGAAGCCGAAGAAGAAGAAGAAUAAAAUCAAUUUUAGAAUUUUCAUAUGUUUUUUCUAUAACAAAUUGGUUGAAACAUAUUUUUUUUUUCAAAAUCCAUUAAAUUUAGGAUUUUACCGCA